AUGGCUCCAGCUGCCGUCACCAGUAUUGCCAAUGGCUCUUCCAAUGGCCCCAUGCAAGCCAACGCUUGGGUUGGCCACCAUGGCGCUGCUGGUGUUGACCUAAGAAGUGAUACCAUGACAACCCCGACGCCGGCGAUGCUUGCUGCCAUUCAGAACUGCAGUCUUCUCGACGAUGUGUUUGUGGAAGAUCCGACCACAAUGGAGUUGGAGUCUCAUGUCGCUGCUCUUGCGGGAAAAGAGGCUGCUCUCCUCGUUCUCUCCGGGACUAUGGGGAACCAGAUCGCCCUGAGGACUCUCCUUACCCAACCCCCCUAUAGUGUUCUAUGCGAUCACCGCGCCCAUAUCAUCAAGUACGAGGCAGGCGGUGUAGCGUCUCUAUGCGGCGCCAUGGUGAAGCCUGUCGUGCCGAGCAACGGGGCUUUCCUGACGCUUGAGGAUGUUGUGGCCAAUGCAGACUUGGACGACGACGUCCACACAUGUCCUACCAAGGUGAUCAGCUUGGAGAAUACCAUUAACGGCGUGAUUACCCCCCUUGCCGAGGUCAGAAGAAUCGCUCAGUUCGCCCGCCAAAACGAUCUCAAGUUCCAUUGCGAUGGUGCAAGGUUGUGGGAGGCUGUCGCAUCAGGUGCCGGCAGCCUCUCGGAAUACUGCUCUCUAUUCGACACAGUCAGCUUGUGUUUCUCCAAAGGCCUCGGUGCUCCGAUUGGCAGUAUAGUUGUGGGCAGUUCGCGAGAUAUCAAACAUGCUCGUUGGAUUCGCAAGUCCAUUGGGGGUGGUCUACGUCAGUCUGGUGUCGUUGCAGCUCCUGCACGCGUCGCUGUCGAUGAGACCUUUGGAAAGGGACCAAAUGGCGAGGGAGGUCUCUUGAAGUCUUCUCACGAAACUGCCAAGAAGAUUGAGAAGCUUUGGACUGAGCUGGGCGGGAAGCUCAUCCAUCCAGUCAAUACCAAUAUGUGCUGGCUCGAUCUUGGUUCAGCUGGCUGCAGUACAGAGGCCUUCGUCGCAUUUGGUAAAGACGCCGGCUUGAAAUUGAUUGGAAACCGGCUCGUCAUUCACUACCAGAUUGCCCAAAACGAAAAAGAGGUCCUUCCGAGACUGGAGCAAGUUUUCCGCCGCGCACUGGAAGGUGGCAGCAAUGAAGCUACUACGAACAAGGGUCCUUCAAACAUGUAUCGCGGUCGGUGA